GCAAAUGUUAAAAUAUUAUGUUUAUAGAGAAUAUUAAAAUAAAUAAAAUGCUCAAAAUUCGGGAGAUGCAAAAUGUGUGUACCCUGAUCUAAUCAGUUCGAAUGAUCUACUUGUACAAAAAAAUCUCUAAAUUAAUUCACAAGAACAUAUAGCAGAUCUUGGUUUACCUUUUGAGAUCAAAGCCUAGCCUAAAUAUGAGAUGCCUCAAGUUAAAACCUAGAAAAUUUCAGAGCCUACGAGUAGUAAGGAAGGUAUGUGAUGAUUUUCCCAAUAAAACAGAAGAGCAUCUUCAUGUUAUGCACCACUGUUUUUAUUGUCUGUAUCACUCUUCUAUUGAGGGGUUGCCUGGCUCACAAAAAUAAAAAAGAUUUCCAUGACGAGUUAACAUAUGUGCCUGCUGUACGCAUUAGAGCCUCAAUUGAAAGAGCGCCGGAUAGUUAUGCAGACUCCGCCGCUUGGGAUGUUGAAUCAGUAUUACGUUUAACUUCUAUGUUACGCCAAAGUCAAAAAGCAGACACCGUAGUUCAACACCAACAGAACAUCAUGCCUGGACGUCGGUUUAUGAAUUAUGCAGAUUCAUUAAAAGCUUUCCCAAGCAUAUCUCAAGGUCAUGCAAACAAUUUCUACUAUGACACGGAUGUGGUACAGAACAAUGAGCAAGAGCCACCAUGGAACUCUGGUCAGAAUGCAGACAACUCUGUCAUUGUCAUCACCAAUCCAUCAGAAGCACGCCUGCCUGCGGACACAAUCAGUGUUAAAUUGCUCAGAGAGACAAUGGAGGCGAGGGCCAAAGCUGCAAGAUUCACACCAUCAACCACAAAAAUGAUCUGGAAGAACAAGCCUUAAAAGACAAUCGGAGAGAGUCCUCUCUGACAGGAACAAUGUAUUUAGGCACAGGACUAACUAUGAAAAAAACAAU